CUGAAGGAAAGUUACCUUUUAUGGACAUCGCGUCGAGUCCCGCGAGCGUGAAUAAAGCCACUGCGGUUUAGCUCGCGCUGCCGCAUUCACGGAGCACAGCUGGGGACACACGCGAGACUUCCCUGACAGACACACCCGACACUCACCUGCACAGACAUGGAUGAAGACGUCUCUGCCCUCGUUGUUGACAACGGCUCCGGCAUGUGCAAAGCCGGUUUCGCCGGAGACGAUGCCCCCCGUGCUGUCUUCCCCUCCAUCGUCGGUCGCCCCAGACACCAGGGUGUGAUGGUGGGAAUGGGACAGAAGGACAGCUACGUGGGAGACGAGGCCCAGAGCAAGAGAGGCAUCCUGACCCUGAAGUACCCCAUCGAGCACGGCAUCGUCACCAACUGGGACGACAUGGAGAAGGUCAAGAUGUUUACAUGGUGUACUAGAGUAGAAGUACAAUCGAGUAAAAGCACCUCAGUUGUGCACCUCAAAACUGUACCUUGCACCACAGAAAAUAUCCCAAAGUAAAAAGCUGCCACCAGC